AUGACUUCACAAUCGGUUGAUCAGGAACGCCCUGAAAGUCUUUCCGUCGUUGGUAUCGGCCUCCGUCUUCCCGGUGCACGCGACAAAAAGGAAUACUUUGAACUCCUGAAGGAGGCUCGAUGUGCAAUUGGUCGUGUGCCGUCUAAUCGCUGGAAUCCAGACGCCAUGACCCAGCUCGGCGGCGUUCCGGGAAUGGUCGUCACGGACCAGGGCGGCUUUGUAGAUCCGCAUACCGAAAUCGACUCGUUGGAGUUCGGCAUUUCACCUGCUGAGGCGCGCCAGCUUGACCCACACCAGCUUAUGCUGGUCGAGGUCGUAUUCCAGGCGCUCGAGGACUCGGGUGUGCACUACCGUGGUACGAAUACCGGUGUGUUUGUAACUGGCUCGCCAGACGUGCACAAUCUUGGAAAUGACAUGUGGGACAUGGGUCCAUACAGCGCAACUGGUGCGGCAUUCUCGAUGCAGGCGAACCGUCUUUCAUAUUUGUUUGAUUUACGCGGUCCGUCUGUGUAUCUUGAUACGGCAUGCUCCUCGAGUAUCACGUGUUUGCACUUGGCUCGCGCGGCUAUUUUGCGCGGUGACUGUGACAUGGCUGUCGUGGCAGCUGUGAACUUGAUUCUUGCUCCUCAUGCGUCUUUGUCGUUCUCGACACUUGGUACCUUGUCUCCCAGUGGUCUUUGCCACACGUUCGAUGCAUCGGCGGACGGAUAUUCUCGUGGUGAGGGCUGCACGGUCAUUAUCUUGCAGCGGACGAAUGAGGCCGUUCGUAUGGGUAGCCACAUUUACUCGGAGAUUACUGGUACUGCCAUCAAUGCAAACGGCAAAGGCAAGUCGAUUACGCUGCCAGACGGACCACAGCAAAAGGCUGCCACGUACGCAGCAUAUCGCGAUGCGAAGCGUGAGCCGCAUGAAGCUGCGUAUGUUGAGUGCCAUGGCACUGGUACACCAGUGGGCGACCCGAUUGAAGCGAAUGCUGUUGGUGAGGUUUUCACGCCUGGUCGCGAAAAGGAUGACUACCUGCGUAUUGGAUCUGCCAAGACGAACGUCGGCCACCUGGAGCCAGCCGCGGGUCUUGUGGGAUUGAUCAAAAACUGCUACACGCUAGACAUGGGUCUGAUGCUUCCUCACCUGCAUUUCAAAAAUCCAAGCCCGCGGAUCCGAUGGGAUGAUUUUCUCAUUAAAGUGCAGACGGAGACAGAACCACUGCCUCCGAACAAGCUUUCGAAGGAUGGAAAAUUCAUUGUAUCGCUCUCCUCUUUCGGUUUUGGUGGUGCUAACAGUCACACGGUUAUGGAGCGUGUGCCUAACGACUCACUCACGCGCGACGUUGUGCCUCUUAGCCCACAAGAUCCAAUGCUCAUCGCUGUUGGUGCACUGUCGAACCGUGCUGUGAGCUCGCUGAGCACGUCUGUUCAGGAGGCCUGGGCGGAAACGAAGGAUCCGCUAUCGGCAUCGCUACUUGCUCGCACGAUGACAGAACGCGCGCGUGGUCACCCGAACUUGGCAUUUGCUGUUGGCUCUUUGAAUGACUCGCUCUCGUUCUCUGACACUGUCGUGACCUCAACCCCAGACUUGAACCCCAUCAAGGCGUUUGUGUUCUGUGGUCAAGGUCCUCAGCAUGAAGACAUGGGUCGUCACCUCUACAUGCGGUUCGCGGCAUUCCGGAACUCGGUGAAUGCCAGUUUCGAAAUGGUUGCGAAAUUCCACAGGAAAAACUUCCAGGAAGAGUAUGGUUUGUUUAAUCCGGAGGCUGAAGGAAAGGUUGCCAAGACCGAGACCGGUGACUGGAAGGUGGAGUGCAUUGUUAUCGCGAUUACCAUCUUCCAGAUUGCCCUGUUCGAUCUCUGGGUUGACUUGGGAGUCAAGCCGGACGUGGUUAUGGGCCAUUCGGUCGGUGAAAUUGCUGCGAUGUACGCUUCGGGUGCCCUAUCGCACGAGAAAGCCAUUCGCACGGCCAUCGCUCGCUCGAACGCGCUGACUCUACUUGACACGGUUGACGGUCAGAUGGCUGCGCUUGGUUUGAGUCGUCAAGAGGCUCAGAAACUCAUUGAGCGUAUCAUGAAAGACCACCAAGAGGAAACGGGGCUGUGGGUAUCUGCAUCGAACUCGACGAACGCCUGUGCUGUGUCGGGUAAGACGAACUUGCUCAAUGCCGUCGUCAAAGACUGUGAAGCGAACGGUGUGUUUGCACGACUCUUGCGUGUGGGUGGCCCGUACCACUCGCCGAUGGUGGCACCUUGCGGCGAGCCGUUCUUGAAGGAAGUGUAUCCGGUUAUCGAUGCAGAUGUCAACAUUCCAACUACGCGCUUUAUUUCGACUGUCGAUGGACGCAUGCACGAAGUGGGUGAAAAGCUCGAUGCGCAAUACUGCUGGAAGAAUGUGAGUCAGCCCGUUUUGUUCCGAGAGUCGAUUGAGGCCCUCAAUGAGUACCGCAAGAGCCAGGACCGUGGUUUGCUGAUUAUUGAAGUGGCGCCGCACACUGUGUUGGGCUCGUACAUGGACGAGAUCUUGCGUGCAGCUGAUGCAGAGCGCACGACGAUCGUUGCCUCAGCGCGUCGGAUGAAUGUGAAGAAGGGUGAGACUCGCGAGAUGCAGGUGGAAAUUACGCAGUUCCUCACGGCUGUGGGUACGGCGCUGCAGGCAGGUGUGCGUGACUUUGUGCUGUACAAGUUGUACGGCGAUCAAUUUAUCGACCGGCCGAUGGGUGUGAAUUCGACGCUGUCGAACUUGCCGGCAUACCUGUUCCUGCCGCUCAAGCGUGUGCCGCAUGAGACGAGCUUCCCCGAACACUUGCGGUGCCGUCCGCCGAUGCCUCCGCUCAGUGCGAAAGCAUUCCGUAUUAAUGCGCAGACGCAUUCAUGGACAAAGGGCCACAAGAUUCGUGGUACCAUCGUGUUCCCUGGAGCUGGAUAUGCGGAAGCGGCGCUUGAAAAUGGUGCACGUACGAUCACCCAUAUGCGCAUCCUACGUGCUUUUGUGCUGGAAGAAGACGGAGCGCCAAAGUACGCGCAGUUCAAGCUUACGGGCGUGAACAACGGUUGGGAGUUCCGCUCGUCAGCUAAGGGAUCUGUCGAUGACGGCGGUAUUGUGUUCGACCAGCUGCAUGCAUCGGGCCACAUGUCGCCAGAAAGCACCCCCAUCGGUCCAUCGAACAUUUCAGAGCUAUUCGGCAAGAACUGGAUCGAGGACUUUGACAUUGUCAUGGACGGCGAAACGUUCUACCAGCGGCUCCGUCCGAACGGCUCGAUGCACACAGGCGCUUUCGGACUGAUCAACGAAGUGCGUGGGUCGACGAAGCGCGAAGAUGACUACCUAGCGUUUGUCGAUGUGCCGAGUGACCUGUGGUCGUCGCGGGAGACAUACGGUAUGGUGUUCCACCCAGGAUUGCUGGACUCGGCAUUCCUGUGCACGUGGAUUCCUGCCCUGCCGUUUGAUGGACAGAAGCUCGGCGUCGACGCUUUCUUGCCAAACUUGCUGGACAUCCUGUCGGUUCGCGCUACGGCGGAAGAGAUCCGCCAGGUCAAGCGCAUUGUUCUUCAUGUGCAGACGCUCAUUAGUAACGACACUGACAUCAAGCACAAUGUCUUGAUGUUCGACCGCGACACAGGCAAGACACUUGCGUUCCUCAAGGGUCUUGAGUGCAAGCGUAUCAAGGACACGGCCCGUAACCGUGAGGGAUACAGUGAAAGCUGGGAGCCGCGUGCAUUUGACGCGGAUCCCUCACUCAUGGAGAGCUGUGCAAUGGAAACGAGCCUCACGUCCAAAUUCCUGGAUAAUAUGGCAGCGAACGACGACUCGGGCGUGGUGGCAAAGGCGCUCGAGCGCGACUCGGUAAUCGGAUCGGAGCUUCGCGACGAGUUCUUUGACUUGCCGGGUGUAUCGCUAGAGCUGGGCGAGGGCCUCAACAGGCUUGCAGAGAAGCUGAUCGAGUCUUCACUCCGCACGCCUCGCCGCGUGUUCCGUGUUAUUGAGGUGUACGCGCGCCACCGCAAGAUCAGCAUGCAGCCGCUGGUCACAGCGAUGCAGCGCUUGGGCAUCUAUGUGGACGUGGUGCGUCUGAACGUCGCCAAUGCGCUUCGCGGCACGGACGCAUUCCUCACAGGCCCUUACGACGUGAAGCAGGCAAUCGAAGAUUCAGAGCGCACGAUCCCUGCCUCGUUUGAAAUUGCCGUGGUCUGUGAUGUGCUGAAUGAAACAACCGACAUCAAGUCGACAAUGCAGGCGGUCGAGAAUCUCCUGGUGCCCGGUGCCUUGGCUAUGUAUGUUGAAGUGAAGGCAUCGACACCCGUGGGCAAGCUCUUCUACAAGGAUGCACCGUCGUCGCUUGCCGCCCUAGACCUGCAGCCAUUCGGUGUAAGUCCGAUCUUCUCGCUCGGCUACAUGCGGCGCGAUGAGAACGCAUGGCCGGCGAUCCCGACGAUCCCUACGAAGGAGGUUGGCGACCCGACGAGCAUGACGCGUGCUUUGGCUGACGACGAGCUCUUGUUCUAUCACCAGUUCGGCAACGAGCAUCUGAUCCCGCAGGCUGUGCGCGAACACUUCAAGAGCGACACCCCUGUCGGAAAGCUGUGGAUCAUUACCGACGACACGGUCGAAGGCGCAUGUGCGAUGGGCAUUGCCGGCACGGUCACAAACGAGUUUAUGACAAUCAAGGGCAUCUACGUCGCUGUAGACCCAUCGAUGACGCGCGCCCAGCGCGAUGGUCUUAUCGACAUGUUGCAUGAGCGUGAAGAGGAAGGCUCGUUGGAGAUGUUCAAUGUGAUCCGCAAUGGCCGUCUGUACGGUCGUCGACUCGUGAAACUGCCGGACAUGCACCCGACCGAAUUCACGGGCCACGACUGGGUGCUGGAGCUGAUUGAGGGUGAGACGCCAAGCGUGCACGCGCUCGCUGCACACGCACACUUCCCACCGAAUCCGUCCGACCAUGAUAUCAUUGUGCAAACUGAUGCGGUCGCGCUUAACUUCAAGAAUGUGCUGUCGGCGAUCGGCCUGCUGCCCGCCGAAGACUGCCUCUCGGAGUUUUCUGGUAUUGUACGCGAAGUAGGUGCAGCCGUGACGCGUGUGCGCGUGGGCGACCGAGUCAUGGGUACCUCGGGCGGUGUGCGUGAAGGUAUCGUUGCCACUGCGUCCGAGUACGCGGUGACAAAAGUGCCAGAAAACAUGACGCCCCUCCAGGCCGCCGCAUUCCCAAUCGCUUACGGCACUGUCUGGCAUGGUCUUGUACAGCUUGCACAGAUUCGCGCAGGCGAAACGAUCCUCAUCCAUGCUGCUGCUGGUGGUGUGGGUCUAUGCGCUAUUCAGAUCGCGAAGCGUCAUGGCCUCGAAGUCUUCUGCACGGUCUCUUCGAAGGAGAAGCGCGACUAUAUCCAUAACCACUUGGGUGUGCCGUACGAGAACAUGGCCAACUCGCGUUCGGUGGCUGAGUGGACGCAAGGCAGCCGUGACUGGCUCGCUAAGCGCGGCAAGCAGGGCUUCGACGUCGUAUUGAAUUCGCUGCAGGGCGCCGCGCUUCAAGCUGGUAUCGAUGUGCUUGCUCAUCUCGGUCGCUUCGUAGACAUUUCGAAGCGAGACCAUCUGGCUGGCAACCCAAUGUCAAUGAGUGGCUUCCUCAAGGCGAUCAACUACAUCGCCGUGGAGUUGGGCUUGCUUGGUAGGUACGCGCCGACGCGCAUGGCAUCGCUGCUCGAUGAGAUUGCAGAUGUGCACCGCGCAGCGCCUUUCAAAUGCAUUUACAACCAUGCAUUCAAUGGCGUGGAGGGCCUGCUGCGCUCGUACGAGCUGAUGGAGUCAGGCAAACACAUCGGCAAGAUUGUCACGGAUCUGUCGGAGUGCUGUGUGCCGACAAAGAAGCAGCUCCUGUGGAACCCGAACAAGACAUACGACCCACGCAAAUCAUACGUACUGGUCGGCGGUUGUGGUGGUCUUGGUCCUCGUCUUGUGCAGUUCCUCAUCAAUUACGGCGCACGCAACAUCGUCGUCACCGGUCGCCGUGGCCAGAUCAGCCGCUCUGACCGUCUUGCUCUCGAGCGUCUUGUGCGUGACCCAGCGUUCCCUCACGUGACGAUCAAGAUCAUGGCAGCCGAUGCCCUCAAGCCCGAGGCUAUGAAGGACGUGAUGGCCACGGCCAACUCGCUAGGCCCCAUUGGCGGUGUGUUCCUCAUGUCGGUUGUCCUGCGCGAUGACCAGUUCAUGAACAUGGACAAGGAGAAGUUCGAGACCGUCAUGAACUCCAAGGUGGGCGCUCUCAAGGUGCUUGAGCGAACGAUCAACGUGAACAACCUCGACUUCUUGUUCCUGUUUUCGUCGACAGCGGCGCUGUUCUUCAACCCGGGUCAGACAAACUACAACGCUGCUCAGGCAUACUUCAACCGCUAUGCGCGCGAGCACAAGAAUGUCGUGUCGUAUGCAGUGCCGGCCAUUUCUGACAUUGGUGUUUAUGCGGAGAUGCGUGCGCGGUCGAACAAUGCAGCACUCAAGAUCAUGGACGCGCUUGCCUGCACGUCGCGUGAGCUGUGUGAAUACAUUGCACAGGCCCUUGGUCGUUGCAUGAUGGGUGGCUCGAACCAUGAGGGCUACUUUAUUCAGACGAUGGACUGGGAAAUCAUGCAGGAAAUCUCCCCCGCAAAUGCCUGGAGCAUUUCGCACCUAAUUGAGCACCACGACGACGAAGGCGACAAUGACGAAGACGAAGAGGAAGGUGCUGACCCUGUCGGCGUCUUGCUCGGCAAGCUAUUGAAUGUCGACAUUGCUACAGUCGACGACACGAUGUUCUUGUCAACACUUGGUCUCGACUCGCUUUCAGCGUCGAAGCUCAGUGCAAUUCUUCUUGCCGAGUACGGCACGACCGUGACACAGCUUCAACUUCUCGGCCCCGUGUCAGUGGACUCGCUCCGCCAGAUCGUCGCGGAGUCGCAAGGAGAUGGCAAGGGUGAAGAGGAAGCUGCAGCUGCACCGACCAAGAAAUCGAAACCAUCCACACCCUCAAGCGCCGCGGUCAAGCCGCAGGAUGGCAAGGCAAACGUUGCUGCUUCUAAUAAGAUUGACGUCAGUGCCCUCAAAAACUUUGACUAUGCAUCGGAGCCGGAGAAGCUCGACGACCUGCCGCCUUCGCUCUUGGGUCUUGUGCCAUUUGAUGCCAAGGUCAUGCAGCCCGAGAGUGAGCUCCGUAUCCUUGUGACCGGUGCGACUGGCUUUAUGGGUGCCACAGUGCUGGAAGCUGUACUGGAGUCGUUCCCUCGGGCACAGGUGACUGCUCUUGUGCGUGGCUCGGUAGAGGGUGGCAUGGACCGCAUCAAGGACGUGGCGACGAAGCGACAUCUCAAGACGCUGAAACACAUGGACCGUGUCAAGACCGUGCUGGGUGAUGCUAGCAAACCGAAGCUUGGAAUUUCGAAUGCGGAGUACGCACGCCUCGCUAGUGAGCUUGAUCUGAUCGUCCACGCAGGCGGUAAGGCUGAUCAUCUCAUGGGCUACCAGACAAUCGUCGGCGAUAAUGUAAUUUCGACUCGUGAGGUGCUGCGUCUUGCCUCUGAGCAGAAGGUCAAGGCCGUGCUGAACAUUGGCUCAACGAACAUGUGGCUCACCUUCUCGGACAAGAAGGUGAAUGACGAGGUCGUAAACGAAGAUGUGGAUCUUGACGAGCUUCGCACGGGUCUCUUCAAUGGAUACUCGCAGUCGAAGUGGGUGGCCGAGCAGCUUUGUGAGCGUGCAAAGAAGCGUGGUGUGCCUGUUGUCACCGUGCGGCCUGGUGCAUUGGGCGGUAACGCUCGCUCGACAUACGUACCAAACGAGGACAGUUUCCUUUGGCGCAUGUACAAUGGUUGCCGGCAGCUUGGCUGUGCGCCUGACUCGCAGUCGAGUGCUUUCACCGAGACGCCUGCUGACUGGUUCUCCGACAUUCUCGGCAAGCUUAUGUCCACGCCACGCACGUGGGAAAGUGGCUACAACGCCUUCCACAUCCGCAAUGAUCGCUUGGUGCGCAUGGACAACGUGCCCACUCGUCCUGGCGAGACAAAGCCGAAGAUCGUGCCUCACGACGACUGGGUCGAUGCCGUCUACAAGGAGGCUAGCAACCCACACUCGACGAAUCCAUUGACUCCUCUUCGUCACUUCAUUGCCAAGGGCCAGCUUGCCCACCUACCACACUUUGACCAGACGCGUACCCGCGAGAUGCUCGGUGACCAGUGGGUUGAGUGUCCGCCCUACAACUUUUAG